AUGGCAGCAGAAACUACAAACUCAUCUCAAGGCCAACAGAUGGGACAACUAUUCACUGAGGGUCAAUACAAACAGAUAUUGGAGCUUUUAAACAAAACACCUGCAGGUGAUUGUUAUACACUAAUGGCAGGUAUAACCACAUUGUUGUCUGAUGCAUCUUUAUGUGAAUGGGUAGUAGACACAGGAGCAUCUCACCAUAUCACAUGUCAUAAAGAAAUUUUAUCUAACAUAGAGAACAUUGAGCAACACGGGAAUCAUAAAGUGCAGGUUCCAACGGGUAGCAAAUGUAUAAUAACACACAAAGGAAAUACUCCAAUUCUACAGGGAUAUGAACUAAAGGAUGUGUUAUAUGUUCCAGAUUUUAAGUUCAACCUACUGUCAGUUUCCAAACUGACCAAGGAGCUGCUGUGUUGUGCUCUAUUCUUCCCUGAUUUUUGUGUAUUUCAGGGCCUUUACAAUGGGAAGGUGAUGGGAAUUGGUAGAGAGAACUGUGGACUUUAUAUUCUAAAAUGGAGAGACAAGCCAAUAGCAGCAUUGGUCACCAAGGACACUGAUGAGUGCAGUCUUUCGCAUAUGAGAUUGAGACAUCUAUCAAUAAUGUCAAUGAAGCAUAUUUCUGCCUUGAAAAAUAAAGUAGUGCAUAGUUUACAGCAUAAAUGUGAAACUCAGUUUGAUAUGAAUGUGAAAGUGUUAAGAUCUAAUAAUGGAAGAGAAUUUUUUAAUUCUAGCUGUAGUGCACUAUUAGCUUCCUUAGGCAUUGUGCAUCAAAGCAGUUGUCCAUACACACCCCAACAGAAUGGGGUGGUGGAAAGAAAGCACAAACAUAUACUUGAAAUGGCUAGAGCAUUGCAGUUUCAGAGUUCUGUUCCUAGUAGAUUUUGGGGAGAUCGCAUCAAGACAGUUGUUUACCUCAUCAACAGGUGGCCUACAUCCAUACUGCAAGGAAAAUCUCCUUAUGAAGUUUUGUAUAAUAAAAUACCUAUUAUUGAUCACUUAAAGGUGUUUGGAUGCUUAUGUUUCUCUAGCAACCUACCAAAAGGAGACAAGUUUGCAAAGAGAGCAAGAAAAUCAGUACUCAUAGGUUACUCAAAAGUUCAAAAGGGAUAUAGGUUGUUUGACUUAGAAACUAAAACUAUCUUUGUAAGUAGGGAUGUUAGCUUUAGAGAACAUAUUUUCCCUUUUAAGGAAAAUGUAAUCAUUCCACAAGAUCCAUUUCCCACACAAGCUUCUAUACCACCAUAUCCUGAUUCCUCAUUGCCUAUAUCCACAGACCCUCACAUUCCACCUACAUACAAUAUUCCAGCCACAAAGAACACCAAUACACCUACUACAGAAGUCCUACACCUUGAUCACACAGAUCCAAACACAGAAACAACAGAGGUUGAGCAUGAUGAGCAAGAUACCUACACUGACUUAGUUCGAAACACUGAGUCAGAGAUGAAUGUUACUCCUGACAAUAGCACACCUGUGAUUAGAAGUGAUCAAGAGCCUAGGAAGACUACUAGGACAUCUAAACCUCUAGUUUGGUUGAAAGACUACCAAACUACUCAGAAGUUCUCUGGGCAAUGCUUAUAUCCAUUGACUCACACCCUUACUUAUGCUAAUCUCACAGCAGGUUAUCAAGCAUAG